CAUUUUUAGGUCUAGCUUGGCUCUAUGCAUAGUUUUACCGAUAAAUUACGAAGUUGUGAACUAUUUAUACACAGGGUAUAUAUAGGUUAUGGGUGAAUGGCUCAAGUCUUUCCGGUUGAUUGGGGUCUUAUAACCAUUGUACAUUGAAUGUAAACACUAGUUACUUGAUCGCCGGGCCCUAAAUAUGUCAUUCAACUAUAAUAGAAUUGUUAACGGUGAAAAGCGUACCUGGAUACACCAUGUGGUGUCGACCUGUUUACGUGGGACAUAAGACGUUGGACACUGGAAUAUAGCUUGAUCGUCAUAUUACUAUACAUAUAUGUGAUUUUACAGAGUGAGUUAAGGCCUGAACAGCUGACAUGACCGGGCAGACCUCUACGUGGUACAAACCCUAGAGCCACCGCACAGUGAACUGUAUCUGAUGUUACAUCCACAUAUCUAAACUACAUUCAAUGUUGUGUUGUGGAGAUAACGGACUGAGCUGUAAAAUUAUCAGGAUCCUACAGAAUAUGUAAAAUCAGAGAUUGAGAUUUAAAACCUAACACUUACCUGGUAAGAAACCGGACACUCAUAUAUCAAGUGUCAUUGAAUUGUAAACUGAAUGAUGGCCUGGAGUUCAAGGUCACAGAGUAUGACCUUCGACAGAUCCCCAUCACUGACGGGAAUGAGUGGAAGGUCCAGCUUGAGCAUUAGGCGCACCUCUGAGCUGGAAUCGGCUACAGAUGUACCAAUCAACGAAGUUAGAGCACAAGAAGCCUGGUUAUUCAUGCAAAAAGGCUCCAAACUGGCCAAGAUUCGGAAUGGCCAGGUGCACCUCAACAAAAUGUUCUGUCUCAGUGAAGACAGAUUGGCUCUGAAGUGGAAACCCAGCAAACAUGGAGGUGAAGUGCCGACUUCCAGUUUUAAGGAACUUGUUCUAGGAAAUAAGGAUGACGCCUUUAAACAUAAGAAAGUGCACCAUCUGUGUCAGAAUGCUAAUCAGUGUUUUACUAUCAAGUUUACAAAUGACAGCAAACCUCUCUACCUCGUGGCCGACUCUGUGGAAACUGCAGCAUUUUGGAUGACUGGCAUAAAGGCACUCAUCAGAUUUCAGAAAACAGCUGAUUCGGAAACAGUUGAUACUGACAAGGAACGAGAAGACUGGUUGGAGGAAUGUUUCCAUGGUGAGGCUGAUAUAAACACAGGAUUGUUGGAUCACAAAGGCACUGUAAACCUCCUGAAAAAACUCAAUGAAAACUUUGUCAUUCAACAUGUCAAUCAAAAACUCAAAGAGCUUGAAUCAGCUAAAGGAAGUGAAAAGGUGACGUGUGAGGAGUUCAAAACACUGUACAAGAAACUGUUUAACCGUCCAGAGGUCUACCUUCUCAUGAUUCAGUAUGCUAGUAAUGGUAUGUUCCUCACAACUGAUGAUCUACUCCUCUUUAUGGAAUCGGUACAAGGGAUGUCGAGAAUAACCAAAGAUAUCUGUCUACAUAUAAUCAAGUGUUUUGAGCCGUCGCCAGAGCGUGUCAAACAGGGCCAGAUGGGAAUUGAUGGUUUUACAGAGUUCCUGUGUUCCAGUGAAUGGUGUGACAUCUUCAACCCUGACGAGAAAUCUGUGUGUGAAGAGUUAAUGAACCAUCCGAUCAACAACUAUUAUAUAGCAAGUUCUCACAACACGUAUCUGACUGGCGACCAGGUGAAGGGUCCAGCCAGUGUUGACCAGUACAAACAGGUGUUGUUGGCCGGCUGUCGCUGUGUGGAAUUGGACUGCUAUGACGGAUAUGAUGAUGGCCCCAUCAUUAAACAUGGCUCCUUAAGUUUAACUUCAGCCAUUUUGUUUCAAGAUGUUAUCAAGUGCAUUAGUGAAUGGGCGUUUUACACGUCAGAGUAUCCUGUUGUGCUGUCGUUAGAGAACCACUGUAGCCCUAAGUACCAGAAACAGAUGGCUGAAAUACUACUGCAAGUUCUGGGUGAAAAGCUCUAUCAUGAGGAGCCAGACAAUCAGAGAAGGGUAUUGCCCUCACCAAAUGAGCUCAAGAAGAAAGUCCUUAUCAAGAAUAAAAAGCUGGCCAUGACUGCAAACAAGGAUGUGGAUGUGGUGUCUGAUGAGGAGGAAGAAGAAACAGAGGGAGAAGAGAAGAAAAAGAAAAAGGACGAAGGCAGUCACACUCUCAAGUUAGCAAAGGAGUUGUCAGAUCUUGUCAUCUUCUUUGCAUCCCGAGGUUUUAAAGACUUUGAAUUGUCCAUGCAUCAGCAAAAGUACUAUGAAAUGUGUUCGUUUGGGGAGAGUAAAGCCACGAUGUUGUGUCGCAACAGACCCGAGGAAUUCAUCAACUACAACAAAAGAUUCAUCUCCAGAAUUUACCCGAAGGCUAACAGAUUUAACUCGUCUAAUUUUUCACCCUGCGAGUUUUGGAACUGUGGUUGUCAAAUGGUUGCCCUGAACUACCAGACACCAGGCCUGCCUACAGAGCUGAACAAGGCAUUUUUCAUGAAGAAUGGUCAGUGUGGCUACGUGCUCCAGCCAACGGUCAUCCGUGAUCCCUACUCCUUCUUCACACCUAAACCUAGUCUCUCCACCACCAUCUCAAAUACAGACGAUGACCUGAACACUCAGGUGGACCUCCAUAUGAAGGUGGUGAGUGGGCAGAAUUUGUCCCAUUGUAAGGUGAGGAUGGAAGGAACUAAGAUUUAUGUCUCUGUCAGAAUAAUUGGGAUACCAGCUGAUGAGGCGACAUACCAGACUAAACAGACCCAGGGUGAAGUUUCAUCAUUUGCAACUAUGUUCGAGGAAGAAACCUUCGAACUUCAGAUUAAGAUGCCAGAUUUGGCCCUGGUACGAUUUGAAGCAAGGGCAAAGACCCUAAUAGGAGAGGACAAACUGAUGGGACAGUAUACUAUACCGUUUACCUGUAUCAAAACAGGAUAUCGCCAUGUGUGUCUGCUGAGAGAGAAUGGCCAGCCCAUAGAAAAGUGUACCCUGUUUGUCCACACAACUCUGGCCAACAAAAAUAAUAACCAGAUUUCUGCCAACCACCAUAAGUUUGUUUCCGGAAAUAAGCCACUGAAAAAUUAUCCCAGUAUGAAGUCUAUAGGAGUGAAAACUAUAGACGAAACAUUUAAGAUAUCUAUUCAGCCUCUUCGAGAUGCUAUGGACAUGAGAGAAGAUGUCCAGAACGACCUUCAGACCUUCAAGGAGAAGUGUGGUUUGUCUCCAAUAGCCAACAUCAAACAGUGUAUCCGUUUCCUAGCAACCAGGGUAUCUAACAACAGCCAACAUGCAUCUAUCUACUUCCUGUCCACACAGGAGCGUGAGCAAUGUUAUCCUUUUAUGGAAGCUGUUGGUGAUCUUCCGAAUAACUUAAAAAGUGCUAUGAAUUUUUACAACAUGGAGUUUUUAGAAAGUUGUAAAUAUUUGGUGCAGAAUAGUGGAAAAGUUUAUGAAAGGCUGUUACAUUGCUGUAGAGCUGGACUUGAAUGGCAUGAAGAAUUGAAAGAUGUCUGUCAAAAAGCUGGUUUACCAGAGAAGAAGGUGAAAAAGGCCAUCGACAACUUCUCUUGGAAUGUGCGGGUACUAAAGGGCCAGGCACAGCUGUUGUAUCAGGCCUCACAAGAGUGUAAGGAAUACCUACAACAGAUCCAGGAGACAGUGGCUGUGUCUGGUUUGAUGAAGGAAUCUCACAUAAAUGAAGACAUGGAAAAAUCCUAGGACUGGAUCCUUCUCAACAUUGGAGUAAAAUAUGUAAUAUUGUGAAUUCUAGUCAGCGAUAAACUAGACGAGGCAACACAGAACACUCGGGUCCGACUCAACUGUCACACGCAGACACAGAAGCUACAGGACGUCACACAGAACACUUCAUCACUGGGGUCCGACUCAACUGUCACACCCCAACACAAUACACUGAUCAGUCGCGGUCUGUUGAGGAAAUCAGCCACUAACCUGUGUCAUUGUGUAUCUAGAAGCUGUUGACCGAGAGAUAAAUCGCAUCACACUGAGAGAGUUCUUAGUGAAGAUUUUUGCUGUAUCCCUAAAGUCAAGCUGUAGGUUUGGAUGUUCUAGUUUCGUUUGGUGACAAAAAAUUCAUUCAAGUUCACCAAAUGUCAGCAAUUGACUAUAUCAGUGUAGGCUUCGGCUGAGGAUUUGAUAUUUUUAUGAUAGCAGGUGGAGUUCAGGCUCCUGUGUAGCUUUCAGACAAAAUUUAAUGCCAUCCUAACCAUUAUGUAAACCAUUGCCAAGCAAUCAGUUUGUACUUGUUCCUCGUGUUGGAUUGUUAUCCCCUGCUCAACGAGUUGGCGGGGGAUAUAGAAAUGGGUCCGUCUGUGCGUCCAUCCGUGCUUCCAUUCGUCCAUGUACCUGGUUAAGAAGAAUCGCUCUCAUCUAUAUUUUGCCUACUACAAGUGCUAUGUUGAUUAUACUUGCAUCAAAUGUGUAUCUAGGGUUGCCCUUCUGAAUGCAUACUGUGGAUGCUGAUUUUGACCUAUAUU